CUAGCUUCGCUGUCGCUACUGCAGAACACGUCCGGCUGUGGGUACGCCUGCCAUUAGGUGCUGCCUUUAUAGCAAGCAGCGGAGACGGUUGCCCAGCGGCUCUGGAUUUAACGAGCACAGUGCGGCUUAUCUGCGUAGAGUUACACCACGGCGUGGCUCUUGGCAUUAUGCAGGCAGCCAGUGCCAGCCCAUCGCCGCUGAUCGCAGGAUACGACCAAGUGAUGGAAUAAUCGCCGCACUGGAUUGAUGUCUGGGAAGAAACAAUAAGAAAGGUCGUACAUUGUGUGGGCCGGGGAAUAAAAGGCGCCUAAUUUCAAGUCCAGCAAACGAGUCGCUUUCCAAGACCCGUGGCGGCUCAUUACUGGGGUGUGAACGGUGUAUGUGGCCAUUGGCGGACCUACGAUACUGACUUGGUAUGCGAUGGUGACGACGAUAAUUUCGCCAUACUUGCUGGUAACACUACUCAUCCUGAAAGCUGAUCCAGGAUGUGCCAUGGUGGCGAAGGAGGCGCGGGCGGCGCCGGCGAGCGAGCGCCCGCCGGACCCCGAGCAGCACCCGUCGUGGCGCCUGCUGGAGCACGCCCGCUGCGGCCUCAGCGCCGCCGAUCGCAUCAUCGGCGGCAAGAACGCCGCGCUCGGCGCCUACCCGUGGAUCGCUCGCAUCGGAUACAUCAGCACGCCCUCCCCGCUCGCCAGCAAAUACCAGUUACCGGGGACUCGCAGGAAGGCGGUGUUCCGGUGCGGGGCGGCGCUCAUCAGCAGCUACUACGUCGUGUCUGCGGCGCACUGCGUCGCCAACCUGCCGGGCGGGCUCGAGGUGGGCCUGAUCCGGCUGGGGGAACACAACACACGCACCGACCCCGACUGCGAGGACGGCGUGUGCGCUGAACCCGUGCAGGACUUCCGGCCGUCCGAGGUGCUGAUGCACGCCGACUACGACCAGUUACCCUUCAAGCACGACAUCUCCCUCAUACGCCUGGACAGGGCCGUCAGGUUCCACGAUUUUGUGAUGCCAAUAUGUAUGAUCCAUGGAAAACUGUUAACAAAGAACUACGUGGGAGAACCAACAGAAGUCGCUGGAUGGGGAGUUUUUGAUAUCGAGGACCCGCGGCCGAGCCCCAUCCUGCAGACGAUCACGCUGCGCGUCGUCUCGAACGCGGAGUGCGCGCCGCGCUUCGAGAUGUACGCGGAGGUGGGGCCGACGCAGAUGUGCGUGGGCGGCGUCGUGGGGCAGGACUCGUGCGGCGGCGACAGCGGCGGUCCGCUGAUGAAGGUCGAGGCGCUGGACGGCCCACCGCGCUACUACUUGCUCGGCGUCGUCUCGUUCGGCUCCAAGCGCUGCGGCGCCUCCACCAUGCCCGGCGUCUACACGCGCAUGGCCGACUACGUCCACUGGGUGCUGGAUAACAUGCACGAGUGAACGACUCCUCUCCCGGAACCCUUCUUCCUUCCACCAGCAGCGUCCGUUCUACCAGUCUACUAGGUCUCAUUCACCUUUAUGCUCUCCUCAGUUUAACUGUUCUCGUCGAGAUGUCUUCCAGUCCGUAUUCUCUCAUCAGAUGUUGUACUUUGACAAAACUCCAGUUGUAAUUAGUGAAACAUUAUUAUUAACAUACACCUAUGACAUAAAUUUACACAGCAGCAAAGAAAUUUUAAAGCUUAUUUUCCUUACCUAUUUCCUUGGGACAACAGUGAUCUUCCAACAAGUAUUGUUUUCACCAUCAGAUUUCCUUAAGUAAAUACCCAUAAAGCUGGUUUCAUUGGAUUCGACUGUCCAAUCCAAAUAUUUCAAGCCUGGUGGCAGUCACCACCUUUGGGGUAAAAUGAAAUUUUUGGAGCGGUAAGAACCACAUAGUUCAACUCUGUUUGGUUCAGGAAACUAAACUACUCUUAAAAUAUCAUUACGAUUACUACUAUUUCGUAAAUCUGUAAAGCCGAUUGCAUAAGUUAUCAAUAAUUACAUUUUUUUUUCAAAUACUGUGCCACAAUGUGGUGCAGUUUACAAAAGAAUGUUUGAAUGACGUCUUCCUUCUUUCUGACAUAGUUCACCCAGUGGACACAUACUUUGUUCUUUGUACUAUGCACCUAUGGUAGUAAAACUGAAACAUACUGAAACGUCUCUAUUAGAUUCGUUUCAUAUUAUUUAAGGUGCAUUUUGUUCUGUGCACACAAACAAGUGUGUGAUUUGCUUUGUACUUCCUGUUUGUCUCCAUUCAGUGGCAUAGAGCUACAUUAUAGUAUCGAUUUUUUCCAGUAUGCACCCAAUGCUAUGUAUGUUACCUACAUUUUGUACUUUAAAAUUCCUCUCUGUGUUCAUCCUCUGAAUGAAUAAAUGAUUGAGUCUGUAUGUUGAAUUUGUCUUUUAUGUGGUAGCUAUACAGCACUUGACUAUCUGCUGUGGUAGUAACAAUGUAUCCAACGUAGCUUUCUUAGGCCAGACAAAACGAUGGGUACCCUUUUUGUAGUCAUUUGACAGUAUUUGGUGAUGGAAAGGUCCCCUCGUCUCUUCCAGCUACCUGAGGGAAGUUUGUUACAGGGAGAGUGUGCUCUCAUCACUCUGGACUGAACCUCUGAUGAGUGAAAAUGGUUGUCUCAAGAGAGACUUGACACUGGUCAUUGUGCUAAUGUGUUGCUAUUCUAAUUGAUGUACAUGUGUGAUUUGCUAGAUCAGAUUCAGUAGUCGAUUUCUUAUAUUUUUAAUAGUUUCUUCACCAGUAUAUGUUGUGCGAGUAAUUAGUUUUUCCAAUCCUUGCUUGGUAUAACCAGAACACAUGGUGUAGGAAGUUCGUUACUCCAGUGUAGAUUUAAAGUUCAGUUAUCUGAUUUUUCUUUUAAUUGAAUUGUAUGUGUGAACUCUUCUCAUGUGUAUGUGUUUUAUUUCUACUGGUUUUCAUUUACUUUCAGUUUUAAGUUUCUGUAGCUUUGUACAUGCUAUCUGGUGGUUAUUUCACUGUGUGCAUUUCAGUAUCAUCUUUUAUAAGUUUUAUUCUUAAUUCCGUGAAAUAUUUCACUGCUCUUUGUGUCUAUAUGGUUUAAACUUGUGUUCUUGAAGUGUUCAGGAGCCUUACUAAUUUUGCAUCGUUGUUGAAUAUUGACGGCAUCUGAAUAUGUUUCACGCCAGUGUACCUUAUUUUCAUGUCCAAGAUGAUGCAGAUAUAUUUAUUUUUCAGAAAGUGUUCUGUAGUAUUCAUAUUCACAAUAUUUGAAUCACAGUGAUAGGGAUGAACCUCUGAGCCUUUGACUUAUUGUGAUGGACAAAAUUCUUUUAUCUCUGUUUAAACUAUCAAUUUUAAAAAAAAAUGUAAAGAAAUAUGUGACGUUGCAUCUGUGACAGUAAUAGACUUCUGAUUGAGAACCAAAGGAAACAGAAAUUAUUUACUCUUCCUACAAAUCAUGACGAAAUCAGUUAUCAAGUAUCGGAUUGCAAGUUUUAACAUAUCCUCUAACAACCCCUAACAACUGUUCUGCAAUACUCCUGUACGCAAUGGACAGAUUACCAGGUUUUGCCGCUGCAACUGCAUGAUCAGCAACAUGCUAAAAAUAUUUCAAAAGCAAUACUGUGAUCCCUGCAGAGUGCAACACAUGCUCAUAAUAACUGCAACAACUACAGCCACAUUUUUUCUGUAGAGAAAUUGAAUGAUCAGAAGGGGUUUGGUCAACUAUCCUUACACAGUGUAAAAUAAA